ACCAUAAUAAUUCCGAAUGCUAUAAAAAACUAAACUUUAUUGUACGUGUAAAUUGUACAGCUAGUUAACAAUCCAAACGUGGACACCAGCACACCAGUAUCCAAAACAAAACAUAUGGAGGUGGUCCUUUUCAACAGAUCACUUUUACUGCUUCCAAAUGUUUAUGCUGUAUACUAUUCCUGUUAACACGUUUAUUUGCAAUUACCUUUGUUGUUCUUUUUUUACAAGGUCUCACCCCCACCUGUUUGUCUGCCCUCUCCUUAUUUUCCUAGAGGAGACGACAGGAACUGAACAGACCCCCUUUACACGUCUGUUCUCGCUCUUAUUGGGCCUCUUUGGUGUGAGAGAGCGUCUUAACGACAACUAUACAUUUGUUCAUCCGUCCAGCUGUGUGUGUAGCAGGGUGAAUGUCCUGUACCUUGUAACUAUGAAGGCCACAUAUGUGCUACUUUGCGUGGGUCUGGUUGUUCUUCCUGCUACAAUCUGUCAGUCUCCUGCUGAACGUGACUCUUACACAGAGUGUACAGAUGGCUAUGAGUGGGACGUGCAGACUCAACUCUGUCGAGAUGUAAACGAGUGUGAGACUAUCCAGCAGGCUUGUCAGGGAGAGAUGAAAUGCUUUAAUCACUAUGGUGGUUACUUGUGCCUUCCUCGCUCCGCCUCCGUGAUCACCGCACCUGAGCCCUCCAGCCAAUCAGAGCCCAGUGUGCCUGUGGAGAGUAAUGAGGCCUUUAACCCCUGUCCCGUAGGCUACAGGGCCCAAGGAGAUACCUGUGUGGACAUCGAUGAGUGUGAAUUGGACAUGCAUGACUGUCAGCCCAGCCAGGAAUGCAUCAACACUGUGGGCACCUACACCUGUCAGUGCCCUGAUGGCUACAGCAAGAUUGGCAUAGAGUGUGUGGAUAUCGACGAGUGCAGGUACAGAUACUGUCAGCAUCGCUGUGUGAACGUGCCAGGAUCUUUCUCUUGUGAAUGUGAGCCUGGCUUCCAGCUGGCGGGAAACAACAGAUCCUGUGUUGAUGUAAAUGAGUGUGAGAUGGGAGCACCUUGUCAGCAAAGGUGUUACAACAGUUACGGUACGUUCCUGUGUCGAUGUGAUCAAGGCUAUGACCUGGGACCCGAUGGCUACUCAUGCAAUGAUAUUGAUGAGUGCAGCUAUUCCAGUUUCCUUUGCCAGUUUCAGUGUGUGAACGAGCCUGGAAGAUUCUCCUGUGCUUGUCCAGAAGGUUACGAGCUAGUUGGAACACGACUCUGCCAAGAUGUGAAUGAGUGUGAGACAGGCGCUCAUCAGUGUGGGGAGGGACAGAUCUGUGUGAACAUCCAUGGUGGACAUCAGUGUGUCAACUCCAACCGCUGCCAGGACCCCUACAUCCAGGUCUCAGAGAAUCGUUGUAUAUGUCCGGCGGUGAAGCCAGAGUGUCGUGACCUGCCCUUCUCCAUUGUGCAUCGAUACAUGAGCAUCACCUCCGAACGCUCCGUUCCCUCCGACAUCUUCCAGAUCCAGGCCACCAGCGUCUAUCCUGGAGCCUACAACUCCUUCCGCAUUCGUUCUGGAGACGAAAAUGAAGAAUUCUACAUACGGCAAAUCAACAACAUCAGUUCCAUGUUGGUGUUGGCCAGAGCAGUAACGGGACCGAAGGAGUACGUCCUCGAUCUGGAGAUGGUGUCUGUAAAUCCUCUCAUGAACUACCAGACCAGCUCUGUUCUGCGUCUCUCCAUUUAUGUUGGGCCUCAUGCUUUCUGAGGAGAGAGAGAUGGAGAGACAAACGUUGGAAAAAUACUGUAUUACAGAAGAUUUUUUUUAAAAUUCAGUCUAUUUCUGCUUUUAUGUGUUGAAAUUUGGCAACACGGUUACACAAUUCACCACUUAAUGAUGUGAAAUCAUCUUUUUUUUGUGGCUGACUUUGGCCGGUGACUGCAGGCCUAUUCUGGGAAGUGCUAAAGCAUCUGAACAUUCAUUCCUCUCACUUUGUCAUUCUCACACAUACAUGCAGCAUACAAGCACACACACAAACACACAUAUAUCUGCUGCAGAUAUUUCAGAAAGAUAUAAUUAGUUAUUAGUACCAGCUAACAAAAAAAAAAAAAAAAAAAGAAUUAUCUAACC